AUGGGAAACGCCAACAAUUCUAGAAGAGCUCCAAUAGAUAAAGCUCUCCUUGAACCCACUUAUCAAGUCUACUCGGACAUUGGUGCUUGGGAAUUACCUCUUUUGAAAACUCUUGUUCAGAGUGGUAAGCUCGCCCCCUUCUAUCCUCCUCACAGCGAACUACCUCCCAAUGCUCCCAAUCGAGUUUCGGAUCAAGAUCCUCCUCAAGAAAUAAGCCUUUCUACGAGUAAUGCUACCACCACUACUACUACUACUACUUCUAUUACUGCAACUAUUGCACACCCAACGAAGACAACCACCACCACUGAACCCGAAAAACACUUGUUCACAAAGACAAGUCAUCAUCGGCCAUCUUCUUCAUCCCAAAGCCUUUUACCAUCACCCUCAACAACGUCCAUUGAGAGUACGCCCUCACAUCAUCAUCACCACUCGAUGGAGAUUGGUCAUGAUUUAAAUGGUGAUGAUAUUCCUAGCACGCGUGGUGGAGGUACCCAAACCCUACCUUCAAGAAGAUCCUCAUCCUUGUUGUGGUUAUCAAAAUUCAAACGUGCCAAUGGGAGUCAUAUAUCAACUGAAAAUGAUCAUCAUGUUACAACUACUGCUACUACCAAAACUUCGGAUGAUUCAACCACCUUGUUCGGAGGGGACUCUUCCUCAUCAUCAUUUCAACAUCCACCUUUGGAACUGUAUUUUGAUGAGUGUCCUAUUUGCAUGAUGUACUAUCAGGGUGGAAUGAAUUCGGCCAAAUGCUGUUCACAACGUAUUUGUAGUGAGUGUUAUCUUCAAAUUUGUCGUGGAGGACCUAAACAUGCCGAGUCGAAUUCCAUUUGUCCCUUCUGUAAAGCUUCACCUUUUAAAAUUCAAUACACAGGUCCAAAAAAUUGGAAACAACGAUGUAAGGAAUUGGAAGAGGAGCAAAAAGUCAUUCAACUCAAAAUUAAGCAUGACCAGGAAGAACAAUUACAACAAGAAGAAGAACGAAAUAAGAGAAUAUCAGAGUCAUUAAAUAAUAGCACUAUCAGUACGACGAGUACAAGCUCAACAAGUGUCGUCACAAAUGUGGCUCCUACAACAACUACCACCUCAUUGACUUCAACACCUUCCACAUGUUCGAAUCAGCUUCAAGGAAAUGUCAGCCCAUCCAAUAAUAGUUCUCCACAGUUGUCAGGAAUUGCAUUUUUGGAGAGUUACUUUGCAAACAGAAGAGAAGAAAAUAGUUCUGCAUUGCCACAACCAUCAUCAUCAUCGAACAGCACGCCCAUCCAUAGAAAUCCUUCAUCCACAGAAUCAACCUCUAAUAGUGAUCCCUUAUUUAUUUAUUUAUUUGGAAAUAAUUCAUCAGCAUCGUCGUUCUCACGAUUCCCAAGAAAUACCUCUAACGCAACACCAACACCCUCAAUGAGCACCAACAACAAUAACAAUCGAUCACCAUUACAUCAAAUGACGACAUCAGAUAGAGAUGAUACGUUGAGUGAAUUGAUGAGAUACUUCUCACUUGGUCGUGUUUCAACUGAGGCUGCAGGACCAAUCGAACAAUCCAUCAAUCACUCUCCAUCACGUUCCUCCUCACAGUCACCCCACAAUAAUUCAAUAAGAGGUUCUUCCUCUCUUCAGAGACCUUCAUCGCACGUGAAUCAUUCAAGGGGUGAAACACCAAGAAGCCCUUCAAGAAGUCCUCCUUCAAGAGCUGAAAGUCUCUCGCCUUUGAGUAACACGGAUUUAGAACAGGGACUCCCUGCAUUUUCAGAUUUUAUCCCUCAGACGAUUGAUGUCACAAAUGUAAAUGCUGAUGAUGAAAUGCUUAAUGAGGCCAUUCGAUUGUCACUUUUAGAGCAGCAACAAACUCAGGACAAUUUUUCAGCACCACAAGUCAUUUUUAAUCGAGAUCAACCAGUCCUCUCAUCACUGAGCCUCUCUCCCAUUUCUUCUUCCAUAGUAGUGCCACAGACAACCCCUUCAUCCUCGACUAACUCUUCCUCAAAUGCCACCAUUUUCACUCAUACCAUCAGUAACUCAGCCUCAACAACUUUAAGAUCACCAACAGGUCUACCACAACAGCAACAGGUGCAGCCACCUCCACAACAAACACUUCAAUAUAUCGAUGAUGAUGAAGAUGACGCAGAAUUGCAACUAGUUCUUCGAUUGAGCAUUUUGGAUCAGUGA